GCUUCAUUCAAUCCAGUGACCACAAGCUACAAAGUACGUUACCUUAUCACAAGAUUGUCGUGUUCAAAUCGAUUUAUGGUCAUUGACCGGAAAGCAAUAAAAUAAGUUGAUAAUAAUGUUAUUUUGAGAUGAUUUUAAACUAAAAGAGUUACGAAACUGUUUUUUUAAAACGUUAAUUAGUGUCGGUUAUUUUUCUGCUGUUGAAAAAACAUUGGUAUAACUGCUAGUAUUUAAAAAUACAGAAGCGAUGGAUAAAAUUUAUUUCUCUGUUAAUGGCCAGCGAUAUACACUAAGUGGACCUGAAGUGAAUGAAACAACGUCAUUGAAUGACUACCUUCGGAGUACCCUGGGGCUGUUCGGCAGCAAGUCGAUGUGCCACGAGGGUGGGUGUGGCACUUGUAUCGUAUCAGUCGCACAAUACAACCCUAACACCAAGGGAAAGGACGUGUUUGCUGUUAAUUCUUGCUUAGUACAUAUCUUAUCAUGUCAUACUUGGGAAAUAACGACAAUCGAAGGUCUGGGGAACCAGAGGGAUGGCUACCAUCCAUUGCAGAGCCGACUGGCGACGUUCAACGGCACGCAGUGCGGGUAUUGCACGCCUGGCUGGAUUAUGAAUAUGUACAGUUUAUACAAGGGAUCUAGUAAGAAGUUGACCACACAAGAAAUAGAGCGGUCUUUCGGUGGUAAUAUGUGCAGAUGUACUGGUUAUAGGCCUAUUCUGGAUUCAUUUAAGAGUUUCGCCAACGAUACUGAUCCUCAAAUAAAAGACUUGGAAGACUUGGACCAAAUGAAAUGUUUAAAAUCUGAUGACUGUUUAUUAGACGAGGAGUGGUGUGUUAUUGAGGGGAUGAAGGAAUUAAAAUUGCAAGGAUCAAAAUCGAAUCGUUGGUACAAAGCAUUUACAUUGCAAGAUGUGUUUAAAAUUCUUACAAGGGAAGGCGUUGACAGUUAUCGACUAGUCGCUGGCAACACCGGUAAAGGAGUAUAUCCAAUCGAAGCAGAUCCUCGUAUCCAUAUCGAUAUAUCAUCAAUCGAAUGUUUAAAAGAUAUAACGAGGUCAGUGAACCUUGUUCUCGGAAGUGGAAUCUCGUUGACUGAAAUGAUGCGUGUUUUUAAAUUCCACGCGAAAAAUAACGUUGAUUUUCAAUAUUUGGAACAUUUUUAUGAACAUUUGGAGUUAGUAGCUCACAUACCUGUUAGGAAUAUCGGCACAAUCGGUGGUAAUUUAGCUUUAAAAAAUGCCCAUAAUGAAUUUCCGUCCGAUAUAUUUUUAUUGCUACAAACUGUUGAAGGCAUGGUGACUGUAGUCGAUAACAAUCUACGCAAUACCGAUGUAUCGAUGUCGGAUUUUCUCAAACUGGAUCUGCGGAACAAAUUAAUAUUGAACGUUAAAUUACCUCCUUUAACAUCAGAUAUUAUUAUUAAAACAUACAAGAUAAUGCCGCGCGCGCAAAACGCCCAUGCGAUAGUAAACGCUGGUUUUCAAUUCCAAUUGGACUCGUCUGUCGUGACGUCAUGCUGUCUCGUAUUCGGCAAUAUAAGUCCCGAUUUCAUAAGAGCGAGAGAGACGGAAAACAUAUUGAAAGGGAAGAACCUUUACGCAGAUGUGACUUUACAAAAAGCAUUAUCGAAAUUGAACCAAGAGAUUGUACCAAAAGAUUUUCCACCAGAACCAUCGGUACAUUGCAGGAAGGCAAUUGCACUGGGAUUAUUUUACAAGGCUAUUCUAUCAAAAGCGCCAUCUGUGAACCCUCGGUACAAAUCCGGCGGCAGUCUACUCGACCGGCCAGUGUCCACUGGCACGCAGCACUUCGACACUAACAAGUCUCUCUGGCCACUAAACCAGCCUGUGCAGAAGUUAGAAGCUUUAACACAAUGUUCAGGCGAGGUGCGUUACUCUUGCGACAUCAGGUUUUCACCACGAGACGUGCAUGUCGCGUUCGUGCUGGCUACGGAGGCUGUAGCAGACAUCAAAACAAUAGAUGCAACUGAAGCUUUGAAACUUCCAGGGGUAAUAGCAUUCUUUUCCGCUAAAGAUAUCCCCGGGAACAACAGCUUCACUCCUCUAGACGUACCCUGGCAGAACGUGGUAGAGGAGAUCCUGGCUUCUAAGAGAGUGUUGUACUAUGGCCAGCCUAUCGGCCUGAUGGUGGCUGACAAUCAGAAGCUAGCGGUGAAAGCGGCUAAGCUCGUGCAUGUCAAGUACAAGAAGAUCGCUGACCCAGUCCUGACUGUUUCUGACGUCCUGGUAGCGCCGGAUAAGGAUAAGAGAGUAUGUAUGAUUGGGAUUAAUUGUAUCAUUAGUGUGGAGGUGUCAGUACCGCGUGUGGGCGGGGGAUACGGCGCGAAGGCCUCGCGUUCUGCGCAAGUGGCGUGCGCGUGCGCACUAGCUGCGCAUUUACUGCGCCGUCCUGCGCACCUCGUGAUGCCUUUAACACACAACAUGCUCGCACUCGGGAAACGCUGUGCUUGUCUAUUUCAAUACGAGGUGGGAGUGAACGAUUUCGGUGUUAUCCAAUAUCUUAACUUAACUUUCUAUUCCGACUGCGGCUGUUCUUACAACGACUCUCAGGGCGACUUUAUAGGAGAAAGUUUGGUUAACUUAUACAAUAGUAGUAGGUUUAAUAUCACUGGGUACAGUGUGCUAACCGACAAGGCCUCCACCACUUGGUGCAGAGCUCCUGCAACGACAGAGGCAGCUGCGAUCAUGGAACACAUAAUGGAACGUAUCGCACACGCGACUAAUAAAGACCCGAUAGAUGUUAGAAUAGCAAAUCUAGCACCAAAGAACGAUCCACUCAAAGAAAUGAUAGCUACAUUCAAAAUGGAAACUAACUACGACGACAGAAAGUCUGAAAUCGCUGAAUACAAUCAACGAAAUGCAUGGAAGAAACGUGCUUUGAAGCUGUCUAUAAUGUCAUUUCAGAUAGGAUAUUCUGGAAACUAUCCAGUGACUAUAUCUGUGUAUCAUGGUGAUGGGUCAGUGUUGAUAUCCCAUGGUGGUGUUGAGAUGGGUCAGGGUAUCAAUACUAAGGUAGCACAAGUAUGCGCAUACACUUUAGGUAUACCGUUAGAUAAAGUGCAGGUUAAAGGUACUGAUAGCUUCGUAUCACCGAACUCAAUGGCCACCAAUGGAAGUAUCACCAGUGAAUGCGUAGCAUAUGCGACGCUGAAAGCCUGCAGGGAAUUACUAAAGAGAUUGGAACCGGCAAAGAAAGGGAUGAAGGAACCGACUUGGGAACAGAUUGUAAAGAAAUCUUAUGAUAAUAAUGUGAACCUGCAGACGAAUUCAAUGACGUCACCUCUGGACGGACUCCUCGGGUACGACGUGUACGGCGUCUGCUGCACCGAGGUCUGCCUGGACGUGCUCACAGCACAGCACCAGGUGCUGAGGGUGGACAUCCUGGAGGACACGGGGCAGAGCAUCAGCCCCAACUUGGAUAUCGGCCAAAUCGAAGGUGCGUUCGUGAUGGGUCUAGGGCUAUGGACACGCGAGCAGCUGCAGUAUGCCGGCUCCGGGCGGCUGCUGACAGACCGCUUCGCGAUGUUUUCCUUCACCGUUAUAUCCGCGCUGACGCAGGCGAAUGUUAUUUUAGUUAGAUUUUUCAUUGUAACAGCGACGGGAGAGCCUGCGCUGGUGCUGGCGGUGAGCGUGACGCUGGCUCUGCACGAGGCCCUGCUGGAAGGCAGGAAGGAGUUCGGAUAUGUUGACAAAGAAUGGCUGCAUGUCGAUACGCCUUACACCAUCGAAAAUAUAAUAAAAGCGAUUUCACCCAAAAUUGAAAGCUUUAAACUUCAAUAAAAAUGAGUAUAACCUCAAAUAUCAUGAUUUAAUAUUUUUU